GGAUUUGUAAAAAACGGAUACAUCUACGAGUCGCUGUAGGGCGCCGUCCGUCCGGCAUGUCUUGUUUACGGUGAGGUUGGAUUACUACAGUCUGGUCCUGGAAAUCGCUUGAGGUAGGUUCCUUUAAUGUUAUUUAGCUCAAAUUAUCGUGUGCGGCCUAAGCAUAAAAAGGGACUUUUUUCCAGUUACACCAUAGAAAGCACAAGAACAUACGAGGAGAUGACAGCUACGGGGCCAUGGCUAUUCCCUGGUUUAGAAACUGUGUGGCACACACUGAAUAUUGGUGUUAGCCAAAGCUUGCAUCGCUGCGGAAUUACUAAAAAACUCAAAGAAAAUAUGGCAAAAAUCUUAAACUCGCAUGUAGUUUCAACUACGAGUUACCUGAAACGCAAAAACGACGGCUAACGUCACCAUACAUUACCUCAAAAAUAAAAGUUUUAAAAUGGGACAGUCCUCGUUCCAGCAAAUAGACAUGCUCAGUUUUCAACCGCCGCUUUGAUUUAAUUGAAAAUAUUCACCCAAAUGCCGUGGUUUAAACCAGCUUUGUAUCCUGGUUUAUUCCUACCCUAAAGGCAUGCCUGGACCCUGGUUUUGGAGCGAGAAGACCGUAAUCUAUCCGACAGGGUGCCAUGGACAAAGACUCGCAAAGGCUGUGUCGUCAAAACACGAGUGUUGGUGUUUUUCCUCAAACCGUAUCAUUAUUGUGGUUUUGGCUUUAAAGGGCAUUCUCUAUUUAAUACAGCGGAAAGAAUCUACGUGUUAUCGGUUUAUUCUACAUAUCAUUACAAGCAUGCUUGUAAAAAUGAGUUACCUUUAGUUUAUAUUCAUCAACAAUAUUCAAUACCGGACUAAAUUUGCUCGUGUUGACGAAAUUUGCAGAGGAAUUCAUUUUUCCUGACUCAUAAUUGCCUCUCUGUCAGUAUUUUAUAUCAGCCGGUCUACCUAUGUGGUUUUUGAAGAAACAAUAAGCCAAAAAAAAAACAACAAAAACAUUCAUUUACAGAAAAAAGAGCAGUAUUGUCGUUGUCAGAAAUAGUUAUGGUCAGUGUUGAGCUAACAUGCAUAAACGCCUUUACUUAGAUGAAAUCAUUGAUUUUAUCUCAUGAUCACGAAUUUGUUUUCAUGACAAAAUAAAAUAUAAAAUACUCAAAGAGGUCCCAUCUACUGUUUAAAGCUGUGAUGUUGAAUUGCACUUCUUUGUCUCAGUAUUUGUACAGCAUUUUCAUUGAAAAAAGUAACCUGAAGUGCUGUCAAACCAGAAGUAAAAUAAUAAUAAUAAUAAUAAUAAUAAUAAUAAUAAUAAUCAUAAUGAUAAGAAUGAUUUCACUGACUGAUGGAAAAACACAUUUUCCUGCAGCUGUUUGUUUUAUGUAUGAUUUUAACCUCCGUUGACACCCUUUCAUUAUUCUCCAUUUCAGAAUAAUCCCCAAGACCAGAGAAGUAAGUUUAGCCUCCUAUUUUAGAUCUGUGUUGAUGUGCUUCAUCUCGAUAUGAUACCCUGCAUGUUUUUUUUUCAUUUACAUUAUUUACAGAAAGACAAGGACAAAGAGAGAGCAAAGGGAUGUUGACUUAUCCCUCUGACCCGCUCCCUCAGAUAGUUUGUCCAAUGGACGAAGAUGCUAUUCCCCCAAACACUUUCUGUAGUGCACCUCCCUACAGUGAGCCUCCACCACUUCUCCUCCCCCUUUCCUCCAUCAAUCCCAGGUAUAGUUGUCCUUGCACCUUUUUGCUUUUUGAGUUAUAUUUCCCCCUCUAUGCUCUUGACAUCUUUUUCACUGGCUGCAUGACUUUGGAACUUUAGACUGAAGUCAUUACAGAUAGUCAUUAAAAAAGGUUCUCUUGCAUGGAUGCGCUUGGUUUAAAUGUAUGACCCAGUUUGUUCACAAAACACCAGCAUUUUAGCCCCUAUUCUGACAAAUAAAUUAUCUUUUCCAAGUUGCUUCAGUCACCUAUGUUGAUGAGUAGCACAUCCUCUCUGAGUUUGAAGAGAGUCUGUUCCAUUUGGUUCGAGAAUAACAGUAAUGAUGGAAAAUGAAAACAGCAUCUGAAAACUUGCAAAGAGGGAAAUAUUGCAGAAAAUUCUUGUUAAUCAAAGAAUUACUGUAUUAAUUCUUCCAAAUGAUUCUCUCUCAAUGCUCUCCAUUUAUUCUAAUCCAACAACUACACAUAGCAGAGUCAAAUACAUGGAUGUUACUUUGUAUUUGGCUGAAUAGAAGUUAAGUUGAAGUAUUGAUUUGAUUUCAUCUUUGAUGAACACACAGAGACUUUUCAAAUGCAUGAGCUGUGUUUGGUGUAAAAACAACAGAUUAAAAUUGUACUUUGCAGAGCUUUAAGUCUAAGCAUAAGAAUAUAAUCCAAUUAUCUCCGAUGCUGGGUCCUCAUUGUUUUUACAGUAUGGAUGAUAUGGUGAAAAUAUUCAUCUUUCUCUCACAUACAUGAAUAAAAAUGAAGAGAAGAGUUACAGUUCCAAACAAUUCCAUACACAUACUGCCUCCACUGAGGACCUAUACUGCUCACAGAUCUCCUGAUUCGACAGUAAUUAUCAAAAUGACUGAACUACGCUGCUUGCUUCAAACCCUGUUUCUGAUCUUAAUUUGGUCUUGACCGGGUUGUGAGUUUAGGGUAAGUUAUUGUGAUCCAGCCAGGUUAAAAGAGAGCCAGCUUGGUGACAGGAAACUCUGACGUCCAGCUCGGCAAAAAUCCAUCUUUACCCUCUAAUCUCACUUUAUGGUGCACCGUCUGCUAGCAUCAGUUGUCACUUUUGUUUGCAACUUGAUAACUUAAUGUUUCUUGUCGAACAUUUCUCGAUAUGAAGUUCUGAAUAUCAUCUUAUCGACUUCAUUAUUUUGAAUCAGGACUUCUUCUUGAGUUAGGUAGCUUAUGAAAGAAGUGAUGUAAUUAAUAUAGCACUGAAUAUAAUUUCAAUCCGGAAGAUGAAGUUUUCUUUAAUUUCCAGAGAAACAAGUAUUUAACUCCAUCUACAAUCAGCAGAUACUGAAUUGUGAGGGACUUGUUUUGGGAUCGGGGCCAAAAAUAGGACAUCCCUAUUACAGAGGGUUUUAAUGUGAAGACAAGAAUGUUGUAUUAAAUACAAACAAUGCGGCAUGCUGGAUACAUUGACUGUUUUACAAACAUUUGCAGCUCUUCGAAUGAUGGGUCAUCUGGCCACAGAAGAAGUGGUCGUAUUAAAGCACAAACUCCUAAGAAGCAGAGCAUCACAGACAGUGAGGCAGCCCAGAGAUCAGCAAGACAAAACUGCUCACCCUCAAAGAGACAAAGGGACACAGGCAGCAUGGUAAGAGUGUCACCGAAAUCUUGUUCACAUACUGUCUCGCAAAGUCAAGUCAUUGCUUAAUGAGAGUCCAUGUCAAAUUCUCAGGUACAAGUGCACCACUCUGAGCAGCCGAGAGUUGACAGCACACAUGGACCUGAGAAACAGAGCAAGGUCAGUUUUUACUCUCCUUCCUUUUUCAUUCUCCCCUCUCUGUGUCUCUGUUGGUCUCUCAGUCUCCAUGUGCUCUUCAUGGGGCUGUCCUUGUCGUACAGCUUUCAGUGUCUAAUCUGGAGCAGCAGCUUUACUGUAACUCUGUGUAUGACAAUAUUGGAGACCUGUACAGUCAACAGGGUGCGAGGGUUAAUUGAGGAGCUUAAUCCUCCUUCACGGUCUGCUGCCUCCGACACAGACGGGCCGUCAUGUGUCCAAUGUGACCUACUAAUGUGAAAAUCUUUACAUUACAGUGUGUGCAUGGUUACAUUUUCCCUUGACUAGAAGCAUCAUGCCAUGUUUAGUGAGUGAAGUAAAUCGAACAGUUAUGGGUUACAAACUGUUUGAACGCCCCCCUUCAUUUAUACGAUUUUAUCGAUCUAUGACCAAAGUUUCUAACUGCUUCGUAGAGCAACUUGGUUGUAGUUCAUUCUCUCAGUUCAUAUGGUAUGAAAAAGAAAUUUAAUUGUUUUGCUAGAAAUUGAUUUGUGUGCAAACACCCAAUAAAUACACAACAGUUAGGACACAUAAAAACUCACAAUAAUGAUGAUUUCAAAGUGUUUUUCUAAUCCAGAGACUGAUAGUUGUUAAAAAAUUAAGCUUUUGAAAUGAGCUUUUCUGUAAAAACAACAGCAUUUUCUCUUGUUGAUUGUCAUUUGGUUGAAGCAGUGACUCGGAUAUUCAGUAAGGGUUUUCAAGUUUUAAGUACUGGACAACUUUUUCAGUAUGAUACUAUAAGUGCUGGGGAAAAAAAAUCUGCACCCUGUUUUUUUUUAUUUUUAUUCCAAACCUGCCGAGAUUAAAGGACACAAGGGCAGAUAAUCUGAAGGGCAAGAGCUGCUGUUAAAAACAUACAAGUCAAUAAGAAAAACGAAACAUUAGUUUUUAUACUGGUUCACAAGGAAUCACUGCAAAGGAUCAAAACAACCUGCCCACACCUCACACACAAUCCUGCAGGACUGUGCCAGUCUGUCUGGAUGCAGUAGCUCUUCAUACUGUCGUCUAGAUUUUCCUUUUCAGUUUUUUUUUUCAUUUAUUAAUUAUUAUUAUUUUGUUUCACCUUGAUUUAACCAGAAAGAAUCCUAUUGAUAAUCUCUUCUUUUUAAGGUAGUCCUGGCUAAGUCAAACCACAAUCAAAAGCAGAACCAAAUACAGUGAUCAAUAAAUGAUCAGCUUUCGGCAGUAAAAUGUCCAUCUACUGGUGGUCCUCAGUGUUGGUUUCUGUCACUCUUUGGAUUGAUUUGUUGCAUUACCAAUGCCCAGUCACACAUUCUUAUUCAAAAUCGUUUCUUUUUUGCAGGAGGGGUGCGUGUUUAGCUUUGCAGCAGAGCAGCAUAAAGAGUAAGUGUCAAGGCAAAUGCGCCUCAGCUUGUGGAUGCAUGAUACUCAUUAAACUGCUGUGGAAGUAUUGAAUUUAAAAAAAUCUGUAUUUGAUAGAACUCCUGAACUCUUUUUUUCUCUCUUCUCUUGUUGUUACAGGCAAAAAUUACAGAGGAGCUCAGAGGAGCAACCAAACAUGUCUCCUGAAGAGAAUGUAGGAGGAAUUUUUGCUGAUAACUCUGCUCAGAAUCUUGACGCCACUCAGUUUGCCGUGGAUCCAUGUAGGGGAUUGGCUGUUGAAAAUGCAUCCGUCCCAAAAGGAUGGGUGAUUGGCCCUUUGUUUCAGUCAUUCAAGUCCAAGAUGGCCAGUUUCACGGAGAUCGUCAUGAGUCCUGUAAAACUCUUCCGAGCUAGUAGCCCUCCACCCUCUAUGGACCACUUAGAAAAACUGGAUGAGUGUGAGCUUGAGAGUACUGGGACAUCUGAUGUGGAGCUAUCAAAACCAAGUGAUAUGUUUUAUCCAGUCACACAAAGAGAGACUGAGGGUCUGGACUCUGUUGAAGUAGAAGGUGUACAACACACAAGAACUGUUGAAUACUCUAAAAAAUUAUUGUUCGACGAGGAGAUGUCAGCAACAAAAUCUGAAUCAGGAGACGAGUGCUCAUUGACUCAAACUGAAAGAAACUCUCCUGAGUCUGUGCCUUUGCAACACAGCUCCCUGCCCCUGCGUGUUUCUGAGGAGGUUUCAGAUUCUUCCAUUCCUUCACAACCCUCUGUCCACGUAAGUGCCUGGCAUGAGUCAAAGUUAAAGAAGACCACAUCUGUGGAGGACCAGAAAGGCAAACUGACCGUAAAUCUGCCAAGGAAACCACUGCCCCGGAAACGCACAGGAAGUAGAAGGAAAACUGACUCUAAAUCUUUAGUGUGUGAAGUCAUAAGGGAGUCUGAAGCAGAGCUUAUCCAUGAGCAGGUCUCUCAUUGUAAUGAAAUAAAUUCAAACAAAGCUGACUUACACUCUGACAAAUCAACAUCAUUUUCUUCUUCAGGCUGUUAUCUUCAGUCUGAUAAGGACCUUCCUCACUUUGAUGGUGGGGAUGAUGAUGUCAGAAAGCUGGUUAAUCCCAACAUCCAGAAUAACAGUGAACGUGCUAAAGCAAAGACACCAAAGCCCGCUGUGGAAACUCAGCAGCUGCAGUUUCACUUAAACCCUGAAAAGUCUUCAGCUGCAGGGCUUGGAAGAGCUAAAAGAGAGCGUAUGACGGACUGCCAUACCCAGGACUUUGUGAAGAGGAAAAGAUUUACUGCAGAAAGAUGUGCAAAAGUUACACUGAAACAGGAGUUACCAGAUGUGGUUACAGAUGGAGGGAUUUUGACAAGGCUAAAACCACAGAGAAAGAAAGCUGUGUUGACAGAUAGCAGUGUUGAUAAGUCAAAGCGUGCAAGAGGACGACCAGCUGUUUCAACAAGGGCAAAUAAGAGAGAGGAAGAAAUGGUUUCUGUAGUAAACGAAGAUGCGCCGAAUGCAGAGACUAAAAGCUCGUGUGAUUUGAUGUUGUCGUGUACACUGGAUAAAGACAGCAGUGUGGCAGACAACACCCAAAAAGUCAGCAGCAAGCGGAAGCCUUCCAGUUCACGCAACCGAUCCAAGACUAAAAUGGAUUUUAGUCGAUCUGGGGCAGAUGUUGAUGACAACAUGGAUGUAGAAACCGACGUGGCUUUGCCUCAAUCCAACCACAAACCUUUCUCAGAAGUUUUCAUCCAUCCUGAUAUAAAGCAGUUCCAGAGCCCAAGUAGAUGCAGGAGCAUUAAAAAGAAACCACUAAAGAGAAAAUCGCCAAACCAAGCGGGUUCAACCACACAAACAGAUAGUUCUUUAGUUUCUACCUCAGCCUCAUUGCAGCUCUUAGAACUCACGCCAACAGAUCUCACUGCCUCUCAACAGGAUGAGUGCACAAAAGUGGAGCCUAACCAGCUGUCCAAGAGACCCAAAAGGGGUGUGAAGGGUGCUCAUAAAAAAACAGUGUCUACAAGGCAUGGAGACAUCCAGCAGUGUGUCCCGGACCUUCAUUUGCAAACCAAAGAAAAUGUGUUCCAAGAAAGCAAACAUACAAUGUCAGUGGACCCUGUGUAUUUUGAAAUGACACCCUCUGAAAGUCCUCUCCAACCUGAUCCUUCAGUGAACCAGCCUCAUUUAGCCUGUUAUGUGAAAUUAGAGAAUAUAGAUGAGUCUGCUUUGGAUAAGAAUGAAAAAAGUGGUGCUUCUGUGUCAGAUGAGGUGCUUCCCACAGAUGUUGAAGUCGGUAUCAACAAUGAUGCUGCAUUGAUGCUCUUGUCUGCUCCAAGAGGAGUCAACUUUAGGCCCAGGAGAGUAGAUAGGCAGAGGAGAAGAUGCAGAGUUUUGCACAGUAGGACACGUAAAGGUGAAGAGGUCACCAACUCUACCACAAUGGAUGACACAGACCUGGCUACACACUCAUCAGAGGGUAACUCCUCAAGGAACUUGUUACGUAGUUACUCCUGCCCAGAGAUCCAUUCACUCCGUCACCAUGACACCCCCUGGAUUUCCUCUCUGCAUUCACCACAUCAUAGCAGGAUUCACACAUCACACCAGCAUCCGUCUUCCCACUCUCCCUUAGUCCAUCAUGCCCACAAACACCAGCGACGAGCUCGCAGACAUACGGUCUGCAGCCUAGAAGUGGAGAGGGAGAUCGCCCCCCUCUGCCUUCGUAAGGAGGUGUAUCCCUCCAGGAGAUCAGUCCCAUACGACAGCUCCACCCAUCACCUGUCUCCAAGCAUCGCACUUUCUCCCACCGCUUCCCUCAAAGUCCUGGCGACCUGUUUCCUCUCAAGCCCCCUGGCUUUCCUCUCAAAGAAGGUUGACAGUAGAGGAGCUGCGUCCAGCCCCAGUCAUGUUUCUUCUCCCACAUCCUCCUCUCCUCACCCACUGAACCCCUCCACAUGGCGCCUUCCAGGGUUCUUCCAAAGAUCUGAUUCCUCGAGUGUCCCCUUGGACUCUAGUUGCAGGUAUGUGUCAUAAUAAAUCCAUGUUAUGAUGCUCAAGUUUCUUAGCAUGUUAAGAAUUCUCACCAUUUGCUCCUCUGCAGUGGGAAUCCUAUGGAAUGUGAAAUUGAGAGAAGAGGACAGAGUGAAGAAGAGGAUGACGGUGGGGACACAAGCUCGUCCAGCCAGGAGUAUGAAGAUGCAGCACUGAGAGAGGAAAAGUCUUUGUCUGAUUCAGAGAUCAAGGUGUGCAUUACUUCACAGAAAAGUGAUGUCGGAGUAAUUUUUGGCUUUGAUAGUUGAGAGGAGGAGACACAAGCAUCAGUUUGUGUAUAUAAAAUAUUUUUCCAUAAAUACUCCUCAUUUUUACUCUUCACCUAGUUCAAAACAACGACCAUGCAGAACAUCCCUCCUUUAUCAACCAAGAAUAACUUUUCAGAACUUUAAUUUGAAAUAAAGGAUUUGAGACUCUAAUCUUUUUUUCUGUCAUGACAGGUGGUGAAAAAGCUGGAAGAACGAGGGAAGGUGUCAUCCAUUAGGAUUCGGAAAACUUUACCCAAACCUCAGAACAACCUGACUCCCAUGGGCCUGCCCAAGCCAGUCAGGUAAAUAUCAUGGAUGCACGAAUGAGACUCAAAGUUAACUGUAGGCCAAGAGAGCUGUAUGUGUGGAAAACAGGCACAUAGAAAUCAUGACUGAACUUUUGACUCAUUAUUGACCUUAACAAAUCAACCACCUUUCAAGAUUGUUAUUAUUAGCAAGAUGAGCAAGUCCAUUUAGACAAAGCUGGUGGGAACUUGGCAAAGGUAAUUUCAACCAGAUAAUACUACCAUAAAUCUUCAAGUACAGAUUGCUGUUUAAUUUGUGACAGGGCCUCUCAUUAUGACCAGGUUUGUGUCCUUUUAUGGGCAGUUAUUGGCUAGAGCACUUUAUAUUUCUAUCUUGGAGAACAACUCACCCGUGGGUUCACAAUAACCAUGCUCCAGCCCCAUACACAAUAGCAUUGAUGUCAGAUUAGGAGUGGAUUGCAUCAGUAGCCAUCUCUGUAAAGCUUGCUGCAGUUUUUUCUGUUAUCGUCAGGACUGAGAUUUAUGGCAACUGUCACCAUAUCCGCUCUGCUGCUCAGAGCUGCACUCACCACUUACAGUUUAAAUCCCCUCAAAGUUUUUUGUGAAGUCAGUUCACAACAGAUGUGAUAGCAAUCAUCCAUUUCCUGCAGAUUUCAUUGUGUACAACCCACUUGCUUUCUGUAGCGAGCUAGCAUAAAGCAGCUAAAAAAAACAGAAUUACUCUCAUGUGAUGUUUCAGCCUGGAAGGAUCCACUCCCAUCUCUGUGAGCUUGUCUUUGAGUAUGGUGGGUUGGAUGGUGUUGAAUGCACUUGAAAAGUUGAAGAACAUGAUCCUCACAUAAACCCCAGGUUCCUCCAGAUGAGACAGGGCACGGUGAAGCAUGUAGAGGACAGCAUCAUCCACUCCAAUGUGUUCUUUGUAUGCAAACUGCGGGGAGUCCAGUUUGUUUUUGACCUCAGAAGGUGUAGAAUCAGCCGCUCCAGGGUUUUCAUGAUGUGUGAAGUGAGGGCCACUGGUCUGUAGUCAUUGAGUUCAGCAGGACAUUUUGUUUUUGGUACUGGCACAAUGCAGGAUGUUUUCCACAGAGCAGGUACCCACCCCAGCUGUAGACUCAGGUUGAAGAUCUUGUGGAGAGGUUGACACAGUUCUGCAGCACAGUCUCUAGGCAGCCUUGGACACACACCAUCUGGACCAGCUGCCUUCCCAGGACAAAGUCUUCCAAGCUCCAUCCUCACCCCUGUUUUGGUGACAGACAAGGACUGGUGUUCUAGGAGGGAGGCAGUUGAAGUGGUUGAGACAUUUGAAGGAGAUGGAGGAGGAAGGGGAGAAGUUGUAGUGGAGAUUUGUUGCGGAGAGGAAGGUGGAGUAGCAGUGGAAGUGGGAGUGACAGCAGUGUCAAAUCUGUUGAAGAACAGGUUGAGAUCAUCAGCUCUUUUCACAUCACCCACCACUGGCUGUCUUUUCUUUUGACUGCUGUGUCCUGAGAUGGUACUGAUUCCUCUCCACACUUCUUUUGUACAAUGUACAUUGUAAAAUGUACAAUGCAAAGAACAAAGGCGCACACAGAUGCUAUUAGCUCAGCAGUCUGAGGAGUAUAUACCCUAUGCCCAUCCUUUGUGAAUGAGGUGAUGCCAUUUUGACUCUUGCCCAGAUUAAGUUGGCACAGAUACCACGCUAACUUUAGUGAGUCAGGCCCUCAUUUUAUACAAAAACAUGAAGAAGAAUUAUAAUUGUUAGAGGAACUUUGAUAUAAAGGACUACCUCUAAUACAAGACUAUAUAAAAUAUAAAGACCUGUAAAAAAAAAAAAAAGCCCCGGGUUUAUAUUUGAGGAUUUAUGGUAUUUUUUUGUCAGUUGAACUAAACAGAAUUAAAUCAUUUUAAAUUAACUAGUUUCUGGUUAAAAUAACACUUGUAGCAAGUUCAGAUGGUCUGAAGGAAUAGUUUUCUGUCUGUCACCAUAUGUGUGACCGAAUGCCUAACAGUAACAUGUGAUAUGCAAAAGUCUUUGAGUUUUCUAUGGAUACAGCCUGCGAAUUAAAGAACCUGCUGCUGACUGAAUAUCAGAGGUCCAGGCUGAGCAUUAAAAUAUGGGCUAAAGGAUCAAAUGUAAAGCAGCCAUUCCCAAAUCACUCCACUUUUAAAUUGAGAAGGAUUACAUUUUACCAGGUCACUAUCUGUUCUCCUGCUGUAAACUGUUCAAUGUGAAUGUAUGUCAGUGUCAAUAUGUGUGUUGACUAUUGAACAGCCUCUGAUCAAUGUUCAGUCUGUUAACCACAGCAUGUUUUUUACAUUUCAACACAGGCUGAAAAAGAAGGAGUUUAGCUUGGAAGAAAUUUAUACCAACAAGAAUUACAGCAAACCGCCUGAAAGGUAAGAUCAACCCCUGGAGAUACUUGACCUCUGGCUCUGUUCUCUCUGUUUUAAGUCGAAUGAGCCUAAUUAAGAUCUGCUUCAAAGAAAAUCUGUGGCUUAACCUGCAGAUUUACUCGUUGCAAUAUACAAUAAAUUUCCAAGAAGUUGGCCCAAGUGCAGCUUUGGUGUUCAAACAUCAAGAACUGAAUGAGCAUUGGAGCUGGAAUGCUGUAAUAGCUGGUAUUCCCCAGAAACAAAACUGCUGCAUCUCUCUCCCACACCUUGAUUUAUCCUGGACUUUUCCUUUACAUCAUACUGUGUUUUAAAGCUCAUGAUCAAAAUGUUUAUUUAAGAAUAAGAAUAACUUUAUUCAUCCCGGAAGGGAAAUUCAAUAAUUAAUUUAAUUGGAAUAAUUAAUAAAUUCAAUUUGACCAUUUUACAACAAGCAGAAUUUUUAAAAAGUUAUCUUGCAAUUCCUUUUUCUCAGUUGUGCACAUGGCUUCUAUUGCCCCCAAUAUUAUGUAUUUGUUAGAGCUGUUCGGUGGCUUUGUUUGGUCAUGUUUCCUGUUUUUGAACACUGUAUGCUCAAAACCUGCUUAGAAUCAGUUUGCAGGCCAGACUUAAAACACCUACAGAGUUUUAUCUCUGUUUUGACCAGAGGGUGGCACCAGAGAAGAGAUCAUGCCCUCCAAUUAGCUGCAUUUUAUACUAUUGUAUUUAUGCAUUCAAAACUAGUAUUUAUUGCACCAUGGCACAGAGGCACAUACUGAAAUAACUCCAGGUAUCAACUACACUGUAACCUAAGUCACAAGAGUAGAUGGAAAUGAACAAAUUCAUUGCAGUCACACACACAAAGGUAGAGUAUCAUUUAAGGGUUGCAUUUCAACUUGUAUUUAUCGUAUUUAUCGUGAGGUGGCAAAUAUUUAUCAUGGAGGAUUUUUCUAAAGAUCUAUCAUGAACGAUAAUUUAUGGCCCAUCCUUAAUGGGAUACUGGAAAAAUAAAAUCAACUGUAAGUCAGUGUUACCUCACUAACUCUGCCUGUUGAUUGUUGUUCAAUUUCAUGUUUCAGUCGGUUGGAGACAAUAUUUGAGGUGGCUCUCAAUCGCAAGAAUGGCUCUGAGUCCUGGUUCGGCCAGAGGCGUCUGAAACGAUUUUUGGAGUUCCCGGAAGUUGGUGAGGCAAGAAAACCAAAGAAGCCUCUCGUGGGUGCUGGAAAGGCAGGUAAUUCAAACUCCAGGACCCGACGCGGGGGCUUCACUAAGGAUGAACCGUCCCUCAGUCCACAGGAUGUGGACUCGCUUCUCUGUGCCAAGCUGGAUCAGCUGAAUCUUUGGCUGAUGCACGAUCAGAAAGACAGCUGACGGAUUUCCAUUAAAUGUUCAUUUAUGCCAUUAAAAGAACACAGCUUAAGUGCAAAUACUGUUAAUAUGACUAUUUCUAACAUGAUUUCUACAUGAAGAUUUGCAUGUGUCUUCCAGCACAGAGUUCAUUUUCUUCUGGUGACAAGUCGUAAUUGAAGAAUUUCAUCCUCAUUUUGUAGUUUGCGAGUUGAAGACACACAUCUUAACAACAAGGAUGGACGUUGGUUGUAAACAUAGUCAUAAAUUCCAUUAUACAGUCUGUCAGUUUUUCUUUUAUCACUGCCCUUAAACUGUUGCCGUCCAUCAACUUCUCCAGCCGCUGUCUGAGUAAAUAGGGCCUGACUUUGAUGCCCUUUAUUUCACACCUUGAUUGUAACGCUGUAUUCUUCUGUUCCUGUUUCAUGUUCCGUUUUCCCAGAGCAAAACAAAUCUGCACAGUCUCUCUGGGUUAGUGAAGAUCCGUUUUAUCUUUUCAAGGUGAAUUCUGAAUUGUCCUUUUUUUUUUAAAAGCACCUUCUCAUUUGAAAGAAAGCAUUAUAUUACCUGAUUGAGUAGUGCAAUGGCAGCAUCAUCAUUUUAAAAAGGCAGCUAUUUUUUAUUCAGUGUAGACUAAAACUUUUUAAAAAUGCCAGACAGAGAUUUGCAACCUAUUUCACAACCAAGUAUCUGUCCAGGGGUUUUAUGUAGUCAAGUUAGUCUGCAAGCUCAGACCAGAACCUGUUCAUUCUUACCAAUUUUAUUUGUGUUUGUAUUUGUGUCAUGGCUGAAGUUGUUUUUGUCAUAUGAAUCAUAUCUUAGAAACAAUGACGCACUCCAGAGAGCAUUUCAAAAGUGAAGCGUCCAGUGUCCUUUGCUGGUUGGCUUUUAUUUUUAAAUAUUUGAUCAACGGUGGGUCUCUCUGUUGGCUGUUUUGUGGUGACUGUUUGCUUUAUUGAUAUAACCUUUUGAAAAGCUGCCCAAGUAAGAUUUUUGGCCAAAUUAAAAUAUCAGGUUGCCUUAACUGUAAACUCAUAUGUUGUUUUAUAGGCGUAUUUGUAAAUGCUGCUGUUUUUAUGAGGGCAUGUCGAGAUGCUUUAAAUGACACAGCACAAAGUUUUGUCAUUUUGCUAUAAAACUGUUUAUAGGUUUGUAUAAAAGUACAGCAUACUAAUACAUUUGACAACAAUGAAUCUAACGUGGUGGUGACAAUGCAAAAAUACCAAGAAAACAUAGGUAACUAAAGUAGGAUCUCAUGACGUCAAGAUGAUGCACUGCCAUAACCACUGCCGUGCCAUUUUUUUUUCCAGUGGUGACCCAAUCCUUCAAGGUUGUGUUUAUGUUGAUAUUUUGUAGACUGACAAAUUCAGUUAUUUAUUUACUCUUGCAUUUAAGGCGCAAACCUGUAAAGGAUUGGGUCAUUACUGAGGAAUCACAGCUCUUAUCUAUAUAUAUAUUUAAAUGUCUGGUAGUGUAAUGUCUCAAACUAUGGUAAAUGCUGGAUUUUAUAUAGUCCUAUAGAUUGGAAUUGUGCAUAUGUUCAUACAUUGUUAAAUAAAUAUUACAGCGUAUAAAAAAACAUUUCAAA